AAAAGAUCCCCAUUUGUUUAUCCCCUAUCUUUACUUUCCUUCCAUAGAAAGGAAUCAAGAUUUUUCCCAAUAAACUAUGGGUGGCAUCUCACAAAUCACCUGCUGAUUUUGCUGCCAUUUCGAGAGGGGACGAACGAGACAGCAACAUAUCAUCUCCGACCAAAUCCCGUUCCUUCAGGCAGUGUUCAUUUCUCUGCCCCUCACUUACUUAUUCACUCCCAACUCCAAAACCAUCAUCGUCAAUAUGGCACAAGCACACGCUCUCUUUUCUCCUUUCAAUCCUCGCCUUCUUCCUUCUUCCUCCCCCAUUCUCCGACGCCGUUUCUUUUCCCUUCCAAUUUCUCCGUUAACUCACCGGACCGUGAUUGCCUCCGAAAACGUCGCCGUUUCGCCUGAUGCCGCCUCGUCUACUCACUCUCUCCCCCAGGUGAUUGAAACCCUGAUUUCCGGAGUGGAUUUAUCGGAGGAGGAAGCCGAAGCGUGUCUCAACUUGCUGCUGCACGAACCAAACGAGGCCUUAAUCAGCGCCCUUCUCGUGCUUCUCAGAGCCAAAGGAGAGACCUAUGAAGAAGUUGUGGGGUUGGCGAGGGCAAUGUUUAAACACGCGACGAAGGUGGAGGGUUUGGACGAUGUGGUGGACAUCGUGGGAACCGGAGGGGACGGUGCCAACACGGUCAACAUUUCGACCGGUGCUUCGAUUCUUGCCGCGGCUUGCGGUGCCAGAGUUGCAAAGCAAGGGAGCCGUUCCAGUUCUUCUGCGUGUGGGAGUGCCGAUGUGUUGGAAGCUUUGGGAGUGGUCAUUGACUUAGGUCCACAGGGGGUGAAGAGGUGUGUGGAUGAAGCUGGGAUGGGGUUUAUGAUGUCUACAAAGUAUCACCCAUCAAUGAAGAUUGUCAGGCCUGUAAGAAAGAAGCUAAAGAUAAAAACUAUAUUCAAUAUAUUGGGUCCAAUGUUGAAUCCAGCACAUGCACCUUUUGCCGUUGUUGGAGUAUACACAGAGGACUUGGUCCUUAAAAUGGCCAAAGCACUCAAUAGAUUUGGCAUGAAACGAGCCUUAGUUGUCCACUCUGAAGGUUUGGAUGAAAUGAGUCCUCUUGGACCUGGUAUAGUGCUUGAUGUUAUGGCUGACAGGGUUGAUAAGUUUGCAUUUGAUCCCUUGGAGUUUGGCAUUCCACGGUGCAAUAUUGAAAGCUUAAAAGGUGGUGGUCCAGAAUACAAUGCAGAGGUUUUGAAGCGUGUUCUAGGUGGAGAGAGAGGGCCAAUUGCAGAUGCUUUGAUUCUCAAUGCCGCAGCAGCUCUCUUAGUCAGUGGCUGUGUAAGUAACCUAGCUGAAGGGGUUUCUGUGGCACGUGAAACACAACAAUCAGGAAAGGCUCUGAAAACACUCAACCUGUUGAAGGAUGUCUCAAAUAACAUCAAAGAUGAGUUGGGCAUGGAUGCCUGAAUUGUUUUGUGGCCCAGGUUGUGAGUUUUGUAAACUUGAUUCAAACAAGAGGAGCUUGGAAGGCCUCAUAUAGUACAUGUAUUAUUAAAGAGAUGUACAAAAAUAAUUUAAUUUAUUAUUGUAAAAUUAUUUACCCUUCAGUACUGUGCAAAAAGGUUUUAGAAUUAGUUAAGAAGGAUUAUAAUUUGUUUUCAUUUAUCAUGUCACUUGACAAAGUGACAUAGGAAAUGGAUUUUUUUAUCUGAAAAAAGAUUGAGAUUCGAUGUAAGAUUUCAUGGACCAAUUGUUGCAAAAAGUUAUUUCAUGGUUUCCAGUUC